AAUUCAGCUUCGUGAGAUCCACCAUGAUCAUCUAAGAAAAGACUUUGCCUCGUGCCCUCAGCCUCGGUGUGGAGAACGUAGCGCACAGUGGAUGAAUCGGUACCAAGCCUCGAGCGCACGGCGGCAUUUGAACAACCCGCAGCGCAGCAAAGGUGGCCUUUUUAAAAGACCUGGCCCUAAGACCAAGCUCCCUCAACCGCAACGUCGACCUCAGCUUAUUUUCUUCUGCCAACUCCCUCCUCCUACAACCAUCCAUUCUCUCUGUCUGCUGGCAAUUCAGUCUCACUUUAAAUCUAAUACGAUAGAGUGAUUUGGUGCACUUCCAGCAGGACUGCGACAAUGGCACAAAUCCGCGGAACGGCUGGGUACAAUCUGGGCGGACAGACCUCCUUUGGACAACCAAGCAGAGGAGACACGAUGAACGAUCCUAGUCCUCUCGAUGCUAUUCGGGAGCAAACGGGCAAGAUUGAGGAUUUCUUGGACACUCUGAGUGAUCCAGUCAAACCGUAUCUGCCAGCUAUCGGACGAUUUUUAAUCGUCGUCACUUUCUUGGAGGAUGCGCUCCGUAUAAUUACACAGUGGAGCGAUCAGCUCUUAUAUCUCCACGACUAUAGGCACAUUCCCUAUGGUCUCACACACAUCUUCUUGAUCGUCAAUGUACUUGCAAUGGUCUCAUGCUCAAGCUUGGUGAUUGCAAGAAAAUACUCGGAUUACGCAGUGGCAGGAUUGAUCGGUGUUGUGGUCACCCAAGCUCUCGGAUACGGUCUCAUUUUCGACUUGAACUUCUUCCUCCGAAAUCUGUCGGUCAUGGGUGGUCUCUUGAUGGUUCUGUCCGAUUCAUGGGUUCGCAAGUCCAAGGCGUUUGCUGGUCUUCCAGAGCUUGAUGAGAAGGACCGCAAGAUGUACUUCCAGCUUGCUGGCCGAGUCCUGUUGAUCUUCCUCUUUAUUGGCUUUGUCUUCAGUGGCAAGUGGAGCGUCUGGAGAGUUAUUGUGGCACUCUUCGGCUUCGUGGCUUGUGUAAUGGUUGUGGUGGGCUUCAAGGCAAAGUUCAGCGCCAUUAUGCUGGUCGUUAUCUUGAGCGUUUUCAAUCUCCUGGUUAACAACUUCUGGACUCUUCACGAACACCACCCACACAAAGAUUUCGCCAAGUAUGACUUCUUCCAAAUCCUCUCGAUUGUCGGUGGACUCCUCCUUCUAGUAAACAGCGGACCAGGCAAAUACAGCAUUGACGAGAAGAAGAAGGUCUACUAGUGACCGUGACGAAAGAAACGGGGAAUGGGGACGAAGCCAGUGGUUGGAAAAUAAGAAUCUGGGUUGCCCUGCAUUGGGCGGAGUUCAUCUUGACAGGGAAGGGAACAAUCACACGAGUUCAGUCUUUUAUAGCGAGAGAGGACGAAGAGUCUGAUCCGCCUUCUCUCAGAGCAUAGCAGUCAUCUUUCCGGCGAAUGUAAAUUUUCGAAAAGUCAUUUUACGAUUCACAUGAAGCUAUUUUUGAUGUGAUAUCACACAAGCAAGCUGACCAAAGCAACUCGAGUCCGGCUUCUAAGCCCCAGCUGAUAUCAGACAUUGAUGUCAGCCCAGAAAGUGAAGCCACUGACGGACAUUGAAAAAGCCACGGUAGCGUAUUGAGGGGCAAGUGCAGCCACCAAUCCCGGAUGUCCCGCGCUCCACAAGCGGCAGAAGCAAUUUAACCUUAAAAUGUGUAGAUCAUAUGUGGGAUGUUAGGUUCUAGAAGUCAUGAUCUAGG